AUGCAAAAUGAAGGACGCAGCACACUAAUUAUGGGCUCCAAUACUUCUGUCCUCUUGGCCCCCUCGACAUGCCAUGCCGAACUGCCCGUCAAGGUUGUCUCAGUAACACGUCAGCAGGCAAAACUGGUCACGUCGUACUUCAUCCACAACUUUGGCCUCACUCUCAAGGUCGUCUACCCUUGGUUUUUCCACUUCUUCGAGAAUGCCAUGUCCUUCAUCCUCCUCUUCCCCUCCUUUCACCCUCUCUCUGCCUGA